AUGAGCGAUAAGAAACAUGACGAGUCCGUAGCUGAGGACCCCUCAAAGAUCGAACAGAUCUACGAGGAUCAGAUUCACAGCCACGAUGCUGUCUUUGGAGAGAUAACGGGAGAGGGAUGGCUAGGAACUGCAGCCCUGAUGAUGAAGACCCAGAUUGGACUAGGUGUCCUUUCAAUACCAGUCGCUUUUGAUACAUUAGGACUAGUGCCAGGAGUCAUUAUCCUCUGUGCCAUUGCCGCUAUUACAACUUGGUCCGACUAUGUUAUCGGCGUUUUCAAACUUCGACACCGAGAUGUCUACGGCAUUGGCGAUGCGGGCGGCUUGAUGUUUGGCAACGCUGGCCGGUACCUGUUUGGAUUCGCAUUUUGUCUCUACUGGGUCUUCGUAGCCGGCUCUGGCAUGCUUAGUAUCUCGAUUUCCCUGAACGCAGUGUCUACUCACGGUGCAUGUACUGCUAUCUUCGUCGCGGUCGCCGCCAUAGUAGGCUUCCUGCUGUCGAGUAUACAAACAUUGGCUCGGAUCAGUUGGGUUGCAUGGGUGGGGCUAUUCUGUAUCCUUACAUCGAUCUUCAUCGUGACCGUUGCCGUGGGCGUUCAGGAUCGUCCCUCUGCAGCCCCCCAGACGGGAGUUUGGGUAUCUGACUAUAAGAUUGUUGCUAGCCCGAGCUUUUCCGAUGCGAUAGCUGCAGUGUCUUCAAUCGUCUUCGCCUAUGCUGGCACGCCGGCAUUCUUCUCUAUAGUCUCUGAAAUGCGCGAGCCCCGUCACUAUACCAGAUCAUUAAUUAUAUGCCAGACGGUGGUAACGUCAGUCUAUCUUGCCAUCGGAUGUGUCGUAUACUACUACUGUGGCUCUUAUGUCGCAUCGCCUGCUCUUGGCUCGGCAGGCCCUACUAUGAAGAAAAUCAGCUAUGGAUUUGCACUCCCGGGGCUAAUUGCUAGUACCAUGCUAGUAAUCCAUCUUCCGGCCAAGUAUAUCUUCAUCCGAAUGCUACAAGGCUCUCGACAUUUGACUGCCAACACUGUUGUUCAUUGGGUAGGUUGGCUGGGUUGCACCCUCGGAAUAACCGUAGUGGCCUAUAUCAUUGCCAGUGCUAUCCCCGUCUUCAACAAUCUCGUGUCCCUUAUCGGGGCUUUGCUAGGUACUAUGAUGUCAUUCCAGCCCAUGGGAUGUAUGUGGCUAUAUGAUCACUGGAGCCAAGGCAAGAUUGAUAAAUCCCCCAGGUGGAUAUUGAUGGUCUGCUGGAGCAUCUUUGUGGUUGUCUCCGGGACGUUCCUGAUGGUAGCUGGUACGUAUGGAUCCGUUGUCAGUAUCAUCAACAGCUACAACGAGUCUGGAGGCUCGGCAGCGUGGUCAUGCGCGGACAACUCCAACUCGACCUAG